AUGAGUCCCUACACAACACAGAUGGAGAUGUUGUUUUGUUCAACAGUAGUCGGGUUGCCUUUCUUUGUUGCACCAAUGAUUCUAACUGGAGAGAUCACUCAAUCUAUUGCUCUGUUAAGUGCAGAUAACAACAAGAAGAAAGGCAGAAACUCUGUUGCUCUCAUACUUGAUAUUUACGAAGCCUUAACUGAACAACAUGGAACCAGGCUGCUACUCAUUGCUAUGAGGAUUAUAUUGAAGAUGAUGCUGAAAACCCCUCUAGGACUCCGAACUCAUAUAUCAUCUCCAAUAACAGGAAAUCCCCACUACAACUCAUCAAAAUAUGAAGAGACUGAUAAGAAAAGACCCCUGCUGUAA